CAUGAAUUAGAGAAACAUUAAUUUUAUUGUAAAAUGUAUUCUUUGGGAGUCCUAUUAUUUCUAUUGCUAUGUACGCAACAACUCACUGACAGCGUUGAGCGAUCCUGGCAAGAAGUACUGGCGAUGGAAAAGCAGAGAUCUAUGAGAAAAAGUAGAAGGCAAAAUAAGAAUCUGGACCCGUAUAAAGGGCUUAAGAAUAUGACGACAGAUUACAUGUUCGCCAAAGAGGCUGGCGCUAUACUACAGAUGACUACUGAGUUUAUAAGAGAUAUGGACAUGAAAAUGCGAGACGUGUACAGGGUGGAAAAGCGAUACAUCAGAACGUUCGACUUUGGUGCCGGUAAAAUGUACCAACAACUCGAAUCGAUAUUUGAACAUAUGGUUCAUUUAUACAGGAAUACGACUAACUAUGAUAAACUCUACGGGUAUGGAGUCGAUUUGAGAUCCGAUAUUGUUGGAUCUCUUCAGUUCAUGCUGAGCGACUAUAUGGAGUUUAUAACGAUCGUGGAACAGUAUAAGGAGCGCUACAGACUAUUCAAGCAGCACAGUAAAUCUUGGGAAAUACGCGCUAUGAUUCAGGAUGUACUCAUGAGAUUCAACAUAACGCCGCGCGGGACCAGGCCCGCAAUGAAAGCAGACUCGGACUAACAGUGUCAAUCAUGGGUCCACGGGGUCCCAGCGCCAACAAGCGUUUCACAGAAAUCGCGAAGCGUCUGGUUGAGGGGUAACUGGCUAACUGGUGACCGAAGAGCUGGCGACUUCCUCGCACAACGUAUCAUCACUGCAAUAC